AAGCUCGGGUGCGCUCAGGAGAAAACCGAUUGCGCAAGGUCUGCUGGCUGGACUGCACGCCGCUUAUUGUUUGAGUAGAUGUACCAAGAGAGACAAAAAAUGCUUCUGACGCGUAUCCGCGAAUGGCUGCGUUCAACUUCCAUCGUCUGCUGACCAUUCAGGAACGUUCGCAUUGUGAGAGUAAUUCAUGCCAUAGGGCGGGGAAUCCCGCACACCGCCCGACAUUCAAAGUCAUGAUUCUUGACUUCCUCACCCUCUCGACUAGCCGCAAUUCACUUUCACGAUGUGGUCACCCAAGGCCACGAGUGCACAAUCAACCCGAGACGCGGGCGCGCAAGAGAGUGUCAGAGCCGAGAUGCAGCGCUCCGGUGAUGCCUCUCUCACAGCAGCAGAAGCACGCCGGCGAAGGUGGACAGGCUUACGUACCUCAGUAGCCUGCUCCUCCAUGCUUACUGCUGCUCAGAAUAAAUCGGCCAACUCGGUAUCGUGAAUGCCACACGAUUUUGCCGAGGAAGGU